CACCGAAUUCGAAAUAACUGUAUUUGACUUGUGUUUCCUUUCCACCAUUCAUCAUGAUGAAAAUGAUUUAUCUUCGCUCAAGAGUUUGUAUGCAUGGUAACAACAUUGCCAGUCAAGUCAUUCUGACAUCUUGAGAAAGUUACUGUAACGUUAGCUAGCUAAGUUAGCUAUCUAACUAACUAAUUGCUAUAAUUGUCUUGUUAACAGCAUGCUAAUACUUAUUUGGAAUAAGCUUCGUUGAACUUGAUCAACUAAAUUACUGCAAGCUACCAGAGGAAGCGUUUUCAGGUUUAUAUAUUGAAGCGCGACGAGGAAAUUAUACAUUACAAUUUACCCAGUGGAAAUAAAACAUUUAACGUUACAACAUGUCGUCUUCAGAAUGAGCACAGGACGCACUAUGGAGGGCGCGGGCUGUGUGACCUGGUGGGGAUUCAGUCCUGCGCUUGACCUCCUGCGCAGAGGCUCAGAGAGGCAGGAGGGUGAGGUAAAUGUUUUACUGGUGGGCAGUGGCGACCCAAGACACAUACUCAAGACCAUUGCUGGCCUGAGGGACACAGAUACCCUUCAUAUAUGGGUGAUAGAGAAUAGCAUGGACGUGGUGGCUCGACAACUGCUGCUCCUCUUUCUGGCUCUGACACCCCAGGAGAGCAUGGGACUUCACGAAAAGACUGAGGUUUUCCUGGAGUUGUUUGGUAACAGUGAGGUCCGCAGUCAGACAGAGGAGACACUGAGACACGUGGCGACAGAACUGUCUCUCUCAGUCACUGAGACACUAGAAACACCCACAAAUCCCUGCCUGGACACCACUCAUCUCAGAUUCAAGGAGCGCGACGAUUUGGACAGGAUAUUCAAACAAUGGAUCCACCCUCCCCCAUCUUCACGUUCUGCCCAUGUAUCAAUAGCCAAGGCCUGGGACGGCCGGGUCCGGCAGCACCUGGGCACCCGCUAUGACUCCAGGGCGGGCUGCUUCGACUGGGACCUCACCAUGAAGCUUCACCAGAAAGGGUGUGGCGUCAUCAACAAACAGCACUACAAACUGUGGAGGGAGCGGGGCGUGGCCUUUGAGAUGAGGGAGGGCAUCUAUCAAAUGGCCAACGAGAGCUUACUCUCUACGAGAGUAUUCAGUCAUAGGGGUGACAAAAUGGCACUGAGGGGAUACUGGGGAGACAUUGUGUCCAGUCCUUACCUCUCCUUUGGCAUCGAGACAGAUGACGAGGAACUGCUGCAGAAACAGAAUGGGCAACACGUCAAGACAGCCCAGGAUAUCUCGUAUGUGAACGUGCAGGCGCUGUUCAAGUCUUUGUCCUGUAGAGGGGGCACUCCCCCUACUCAGGCAUGCAGUGAGGAGGGGAAAGCGCUUGUAGCACUGGAGCCAGUGUCACAACCAGAGGCUCAUCACAAAUCACAAAUCAACGAACUCAUGCACCUGAAUGGGGUGACAGUGACUUUUCUGCCCCUGGACUCUCUCUCCAAACUGCCAGAGAAACAGAAAUACUCCCACUUUUUCAACAGCAUCUACUGUGCUGCCAGUAUGGUGCACCAUUUGAGCCCGACACUGAGACAGAUUGCUGCACCCAAAGCCGCCCUCGUGGUGGAGCUGGCCAAGUACCUCUUGGAUCUUACCAAGGAGCAGGAGGUGGGGUUUGCUGAGAAAGUCGGGGACGUCGCCAAAGAGGCGGGGUUUGAGCCCUCACAGGAGGAGAAGAGGGAUGUUUAUGCCACGUUCGCGCUACAGGAGGAGUGAAUGUGUUCUAUUCCAUCAGACACUCUACGCUUUACUCCUCUGACACUUUAGGUCGGUCUUCAGUACUGCAAGAGGGGCAGAGCUGUAUACGGAAAAUAUGUACAGACGAGACAAUUCUGUUCAUAGCUGAUUGAAAACAAAGGUAGCAUUUUGUGAGAGUUCAAUCACAUUUUAGGCCUGUUGGUCCGUCUGUUUUGAUCUUAAUUCUGUUAAUUGCCUAUUAAAUGAGAGCAUGUCUGCUUCACGAAUGAUUCCAUGGACCUGUAGGUGAGUUGUACCCAUUUGUAGCCUACCCAAUUCCCUCUAGUGUUAAAGAAGUAAAGGUAACGUGUUUUGUUAAAUAUAGACAUGUUUUAAUGAGUACAGUAAUACAUAGAAUCUGUUUCAGUUAAUGUCACACAGUAAGUCGUGUCACCUCAAUGGGUUCAAUGGAAAAGUGUUGAGACAUUGUUCUUGUAAAGCGUUCCUGAAACAGAAUAUAUGGUCUUCUUUCUUCACUGCUUCCACUGUGUGCUCACUUCCAGCGACCUCCAACCUUUCCCUUACCAUGGACCUUUUUACUGCAGAGAUAGAGGGAGCUUGGGUGUGAAAAAAGCAGAGGGUUUUCUAAUGAUCAAUUAGCCUUUUAAAAUGAUCAACUUGGAUUAGCUAACACAAUGUGCCAUUGGAACACAGGAUUGAUGGGGGCUGAUAAUGGGCCUCUGUACACCUAUGUAGAUAUUCCAUUAAGAAAUCUGCCGUUUCCAGCUACAAUAGUCAUUUACAAAAUUAACAAUGUCUACACUAUUUCUGAUCAAUUUGAUGUUAUUUUAAAUGGACAAAAGAAUGUGAUUUUCUUUCAAAAUAAGGACAUUUCUUUGUGACCCCAAACUUUUGAACGGUAGUACACAUACACUACCAGUCAAAAGUUUGGACACACCUACUCAUUAAAGCGUUUCUUUAUUUGCACUAUUUUCUACAUUAUAGAAUAGUGAAGACAUCAAAACUAUAUUAUAACAUAUGGAAUCAUGUAGUAACCAAAAAAAAGUGUUAAUAAACAAUUCAAAAUAUAUUUUAGAUUCUUCAAAA